ACAAAGUUAUAUAAGACUUGCUGGAUUUAGAUGUUGCUCCAGGUAAGCAUGAUGCUGUCAAUUGCUCCUUUGACCACUGUUUCUAUGUCACAACCACGUCGUGUAUGGUAAAGCGAUCCGCGCGGUAUUACAAACAUGACUCGCCAACUCUCCAAGGCAUACUGUCGCAUCGACCAUACUUUGCGCAUGACUGUCUGGGAGACUAGAAUUUUGAAACUGUCCUUGAGUAACAGUCUCGCACCAAACCGACAUGGGUCACAUACGGUCCUUAUCGAGAAAUAUAGAAAUGUUGAGAACGUAGUCAACGCGGACCCUUUCUCCACGUGUUUACAGGCGACGUCGACAACAUUAAACACCUUGCAUAUCCGGCCAUGCAACCAUUCUUUGGAUAUACUGUCAUGUGCGGCAAGGGAUAAGGCGACCAGGAGGAGAUCGUCGCAUCAAUACUCAACAAGAAUCAAUACCAUGGACACAUACAGUAUCAGCUGCAAGCUUGACUCCACAUGGCAUGAGAUCAUCAUGAGGCUCUGCUGCCCCACUUGCGUGGGUCUUCUUGGCAUUGCACUCCAUGGGCAGUGGCUAUCUCCGCCAAAUCGUGAUGGGGGCCGGAAGAGAGGUUCCGCGCUAGUUGUCAUUUCACAACUCUGCCACCGUUCGGUUUCUUGAGUUUGCUCGAGAUUUGGAAGCUGCGCGGCCGCGAAGAGAAUUGUCAGCCACGUGCGGCUUCCAGACGUAUCUACACGACCCCGCUGCUUCAUCUCGGCGCCUUUGACGGCAGAGACGGAUCCUAUCCGGGCGAUUGCAAGCCGACCCUGUACAAGUGGAGUCGCGUCACGUCGCUCCACCAUUUUCGUCAUCCUGCCCUACAAA